ACGUUGGAAAACUAUUCUAUCAGGGAAUCGUGUCUAAUUGCCAUUAUUGACAUUGAAAUAUUUUGCUAUGCAGUUAACAUGUUAAACAAAGUUUAUAGAAACUGAGUUUGUAGUUAUCCUUACUACAAAAUUAUUGAUAAACAACUAAUUUAUACAUACAGCAAAAAUUUCAUAUCAUUAUUGUGAACUUUAGAAGAAUUGUUUCAAUGAAACGUAAGUUUAUCGUGUGCGGGUACAGCCAGUAAUAAUCACAUUAUAAGACAAAAUAUUGAUCAUGUCCUUGCCAUACGAAUUUUCUGCCAAAGAAAUAAUAUUGCAGGGAAAAACAACAAAAGAAAACAUUGAAGUUAUAAAAACGUGGUUGCUAGAAAGUGGAAGUGAUUUUGUUCCUACAAUUUUAUGCGAUGAAUUGAUUGUGUUGUUCCUUUUGUCUUGUGAGAAUAAUGUUGAAAAUACGAAAAUUACUAUAACUGGACAUUAUGAAAUCAAGGCUGGAGCGCCUGAACUUUUUAAUAACAGAAAUGUUAGCGGUGCUGACAUACAAACAGUUUUAGAUACUUGGAUAAUUACAAUUUUUCCUGUCAGAGGCAAAAAUAAUAAUGCUAUCCAUUAUUUUCAAUUGGAAGACGACGAUGUUAGGAAGAUGGACAAUAUAGCUUUUUUAAAAACGAUCCUCAUGCUUAUAGAUAUCACACAAGAAAAAGAUCCACCUGAUGGAUUCAUAAAUAUAGUUGAUUUAAAGGCAUCACGUUUGAGACAUGUGACAAAGUUUAAGUUGGAUGCUACAAAAAAAUACCUCACUUACAUUCAAGAAGGAUUGCCAAUUAAAUUGAAUGCAAUACACUUAAUAAAUACUAAAGGUUUUGUCAUUAAAUUAUUCAACGUUCUCAAGGCUUGCAUUAGAAGUGAACUGUUUGACAAGAUACAUUUUUAUCCACAAAAUAUUCCACAGGAAAUUUUGGAAACGAUGGCUCCUAAAGAAGGUUUGCCUCAGGAAUUUGGUGGAGAUUUACCCUCUUUGAAGGAACUUCAUCAACAUACUAAAAAGCAGUUUGAUCAGAGACAAGAGUAUUGGAUAGCAGAAGAGAGAAUUCGUAAAAAUUGUUCACAUUUUCAUUCUAAGUCCUAGCGAAAUAAUUGAAUAACUUGUCUAUUGUCAUAUAAUAUAUUUAAGAUAUAAAUUUUAUUCGCAGUUCCUUAUUCUAGAGCAAAGCACAUAUUAAACGAAGGUUAUAGGUUAAUGUUUGUGAAAUAUGAAAUUUGAAGGACUUUGAAUAGUGAUUACAAAAUGCUGCAAAAAUUGAAAAACUGCAAUAACUCUGAAUUAUAUUUACAAGCUUCAAAUUAAGCCGAUUCAAAGAAAAGCACAACGAUUAUAUUCGGAGAAGUUAUAUUUUUUUACAACCUUGGCAAAUUUUUAUGUCUUACGACUGCUUCGAGCUGUAUAAUUUUUGCAAUAAAUUAUGAUUAUUUAGUAUCAUCCAAAAAGUUUGGAAAUUGAGUUUUCUAUAAAUUAACAUUAAAAAACCGAAAUAAAUACAUAGUUCGCUUCUCUUCCGGCAAAACUGAUAGCUGUUAUUGAAG